GGCAGCAGCACUAGCAGCGUGGCCGGACCUGGCCAGCCUCUCGCAGGUAGUUCCUGCUCCCUGCCCGGCCGGGGACUGAAGCCACCAUGAUCAGCAACGGGGCAGGCGCCCCUCCCGCGCGCAACGGGACCCCCGCGCCUCCGCUGUUGAGAAAAGCCGCUUCCCUGGGCGGGAGUUACGACGUCGCCGGCAAGGUGAUGCUGCUUGGAGAUUCAGGCGUGGGGAAAACCUGCUUCCUCAUCCAGUUCAAAGAUGGGGCCUUCCUCUCUGGGACCUUCAUAGCCACUGUCGGCAUAGACUUCCGGAACAAAGUGGUGACCGUGGAUGGUGUGAAGGUGAAACUGCAGAUCUGGGACACGGCAGGCCAGGAGCGGUUCCGAAGUGUGACUCAUGCUUACUACCGAGACGCACAGGCACUCCUCCUCCUCUAUGACAUCACCAGCAAAAUGUCCUUUGAUAAUAUCCGGGCCUGGCUUACAGAGAUACACGAAUAUGCCCAAAAGGAUGUGGUCAUUAUGUUGCUAGGCAACAAGGCCGAUGUGAGCAGCGAGAGAGUGAUAAGAACAGAAGAUGGGGAAUCAUUAGCCAGGGAAUAUGGAGUGCCUUUCAUGGAGACCAGUGCGAAGACUGGCAUGAACGUGGAGCUGGCGUUUCUGGCCAUUGCAAAGGAGCUCAAGCAACGAGCCGUCAAGCAGCCAGAGGAGCCCCGGUUCCAAAUCCAUGACUAUAUAGAGACUCAGAAGAAGAGGAGCAGCUGCUGUGCCUUCCUUUGAGGGAGGAGGAGGAGGAGGAGGACACAAGGGAAGCCCGGGGGGACCCCAAGCGCACGGCAAAAGAGGUCAAGAAGCAGAACUGGCACCUUGGCAGCAACACCGGGCAGGAGCUGUGUUGCGGACGCUCUCCAAAGACAAUCCUUUUUAGAGAAUACCGUUUCCAGGUUCUAAAUGAGGUGAUGCCUGCUGUUGCGGGUGUAUGUGUGUUUGCAGGCAUGCAUGAAGGAGGGUGUGUGUGUGUGUGUGUGUAUGUGUGUGUGUGUGUGUGUGUGUGUGUGUGAGAGAGAGAGAGAGAGAGAGAGAGAGAGAGAGAGAGAGAGAGAGAGAGAGAGAGAGGUUAUGCGCAAAGUGUUACUUCAAAGGCCAAAUGCACUCGAGUUCAGGAUCGGCCGACCUGUUAUCAAAGUGGAGCUGGUCAGGAUCUGUAAUAUUGCCCAGGCCUAGUCUUUGUGGAGGCAAGGAACUGGCCUGGACUCAGAUUCCUAGACAGAGCAUCAUGACUUAUUUAGGCGGGGCCACCUCUCCCAGGCCAGCAGGACUGAGCUGGGUUGGCCUCAGAUGCAGAAGCAGGAUUCUGCGCAGAGGGAGGUGUCCUUUGGCAAUGUAGGAGCGUUUUGGAUGAGGUCUGGCUGAGCUAAAGAGUUAAUUUAAUAGCAGUGACAUGACUGGGGGGUGGGGGGAGAGAGAGAGACGACAACCCUUUUGCUUCCCCUACAAAGGUGACGCUUUAGAUGUUAAAAUGAAACUAGCAGGAGUCUCCAGUAAAGAAAAAGUAGACACAUUUCCUUUGACCUCUGGCUUUUUCCUGCUGCCCACACCCAAAGAUCCUGCAGUCAGGGUUGCCUUCCCUCUCCUCCCUUCCUCCCUCUGCCCCAAAGAAAGGACUGAGGGAUCCAAGUAUUAUUCCUACUGUGCCUGUUACGUCAGGAAAAUGCUGCCGACCCCGGUUUGUUUGGAAGAGAAAUCGCUUUGCACAAAUAUAUCUGUUACUGGCUAGAAACAAAGGAAAGCUUUAGAAAGCUCAACUCUGCUUUUUGUUCCGGUCAAACCAAUAUCCUCUGCCAAAGUGAAGCCCAGCAAGUUGAAAGGCAGCAGGGUGGGGAGAAAAAUGGGCUCCCUCUGUUCCAGCCUUGGCCAACAUAGUGCCGGGUUGACCAAGGCUGCUCUGUUCAGAUGCACAAGUUGGCUACUUCAGAGGUCUGCUUUGGAAAGUGGUGGAGCAUUAUACGGCGAUUCCCCCCACCCUGGGCUCCUUCAAUUUCUUUCUUGCAAGCAGGGCCUGGGUUUCUGGGAGAGAAGCAAGCUCCCUUGCACAAGUUCAUACCAGCCAAGCAGCGUGGCUGAAAGAAUAAGCCCCUGGAGAUCUAUACUUCGGCCCAUGCAAUGCCUGUUCAUCUUGUAGAAACUCCCACCAUUCCAUGCGGCAUGGUGUCAGAGGUCUCCACCGGCGUGAUCCAGAGGUGUUUUCAGAAAUCAUGCCUUACAGCGGGGAUAAGGAACCUGUGGCUUUCCAGAUCUUGGUUGAUUACAACUCCUGUCAUCCCCAGCCAUUGCUCUUACUGGGUGGGGACGACGGGAUCUGGAGACCUCCCCCUGCCUUAUUCAUAUAAGAAGAGUGCUCUUGUAGCUCAAAUAUAGCCAUAGUCAACAGAAGCAGCAAAUCCACACAAAGCAAUAGUUGCGAUUCUUAUGUUCCUAGAUUCCUAUGCGAUCCAAAGACCCCUGUGUGCAGUUGAGGCCUGGCCACAUGUAUGUUCGUUUUGAAGUGUGUGCUACUCAGUUCAAUGGGAGAUAUUCCUAGUGAAUGGGAUAUAUUCUGCACUUACCUUUCCUCCGCGCAUUCCAGGCAUGGCCCAUGCUUUAAAGCUCUUUAUUUUACUUUUAUUUUUUGCUCCGGAGUGUCCCCUGCGAAAACUCACUCUUUAAAGCUCAUUCGGAGCAAACAGCAAUCUGCGGGAAACCCAAAUUUCUGUUGGUCGUGCGGUAAGUGGGUUUUCUUGGGCAAAGCUCUGGAGCAAAAAAAACCUCACAAAACCAAGAGUGCUCAGAUACAGAGCUUUAAAGUCUAGGCCUAUGCCUGGAAUGAGCAGGGCAAAAGGCAAGUGUGGGUAAGCCCUGAAUGGAUUGGAGCCUUACUUGAUUUCAAUAGGAUUUUAGUAUGCUGAGCACUUUUGCCAUAUUCUAUGCAAUGCAGCCUAAACUGUCAUGCUCAUAUUUCUUUAGCUCUGCUUUCUGGAAAUCAGUGGUGUAUGUUGUGUUUAAAUUGAUGUGGCACAAACCCUUAGGCUGUUGAAGAAUUUCUCAUGUCUGGGUUCUCACGUUUUGGUUCCUGCAUUUGGAACAUGGCUGUCGUUGUUGCUAAUCACCCCAAGGUCAAUGUAUGAGUUGAUUUCCCCAUUCCCCAUCCCCUUCGGUCUUCUUCUAUAAAACGUGGCAAUCCACACCUAAAUCGGUGUGGAUUGCCACUGGACCAGACAAGAAUUCUCCAUGGCCAGCCAUGUUGGUUACAUGCUGCUGCUGGAGGCCAAGGCGGCCAGGACCUUGGGAAUAAAUGGAGACCGUUAGCCCCUUGAAAGAGCUGCUUCUCUGCAAUGCCGUUUGAUUCAUUCCCUUGGUGGCAUGCAUACCCUACCAACAGUGCUAGUGCCCCAUAUUGUUAUUGGGUGGGUAGGGGUGUGUCAAGGAAGGCACCCUCAGUAAUGCCCCCUUAACCUGGAAAGAGUGGGGGGAUGAAAACAGAACAUUCUUCACGUGUCCCACAACCCCUUCUUUGGUGCUCCAUGUAAAGUAAACCCGGUAGCCCCGUGGCCCAGACUCAGAGCUGGCAGAUCCUAUGCUGUCCUUGGGAGCCCAACCCAUUGUUUAAUUUAGGGCUGAAGGUAGUAAAAUGGGACUUUGCGCCAAAAAGCUUCAAAGCAAUGACUGUAAAUAUGUCAAGGGAAAAGCACAAUGAAGCCACUGGGAGGGAAAUUGCAGGAAAAUUAUUGUCUGCUUUAGGGGCUGUUCGUGCAUUAUUAUUUUUCUUCCAACCAAAGAUCCAUCUUUGUAUGUAAGGCAGUAGAAGCACCUUUUUAGCUGGCCAGCAGCUUCCUCCUAAUUGAUUUACAACUCACAGUCUACCAAGUGCAGCCCAUGAAUGUUGCGGCCAGCUAGUUGCUUGACAAGGUAGGCAUUAAAUACAGGGGAUGCUAUUAUGUCCUUGGUAAGUUGUUUAUUUUCAUGCACUUGAUACAUACACACAGCCAAAAAGACACCUCUGUUGUGAUACACAAGUUGAGCAGAAUUUUGUUUCCAUGUUCUAAAAAACAAAACGUAAAACCGUGGGGUCCCUUCGUUUCACUAGCCCUUUUUGAUCUCUGCAUGCGGAGACCAUUCUUACCGACUACCCCCAAGGCAGUAAACUCCUGAGAAAGCUGGACAAUUGGCUUUACAGUGACGGCUGGAUGGGAACAUCAAGUCUACCCUAAACGGAACCUUCUAGGGAGAAUUUUGUCUCAACUUGUAUUUAUUCAUAGAAAGAGGGCCCCCCUCCAUUUCUCCAUUUCUAAAGCUCCUCAAUUAUAAUGCCAAUCACAGAAAUAUAGACAGAACACGUAUAUACAAUUGUAUAUAUGAACUCUAAUAGAUUUAUUUCUACUUUUUGAAUGAUAUCAUUAUUCUGUUAUGUAUGCUUUAACAGUUAUUAGCCUACGUGUUGUGUCUAUAUUUCUGUGAUUGGUUCUCAAUUAUAAUGCGGCAUUCCAUCAUUACAUAAGGGAUGAACCAGACACUACAAGAAUAUGUCUAGAGAGACAUCCCAUCCCAUGGUUUCAUACUACCCGUCUCCUGCUUGAGCCCCACCUACUUGGUAAUUUGUAAGCAGAGGCUAGUUUGCAUCCAGUGGAUGUGAUAGGCCAUUAAUCAAAAUACAACCAGAAUCACAUGAAUCCUCAGAAUUUAAACAAUCUAGCUACCUCCCAUUCUAUCAGGGACAUGUUUUGCAUUCAGAAAAUCCUACAUUCAAUCUGUAUUGCAGGGGUGGCUAAUCACUGGGCCUCCAUAUAUUAUUGGACUACAUCAUAUUAUUAUUAUUAUUAUUAUUAUUAUUAUUAUUAUUAUUAUUAUGGCAAAAUGUUUAUUCCAAAACGUUAUUUUGCUACACAUCUUUAAAAACCAACAAAAUUAUUUCCAGAACAAUUUUGGGGUGGAUUCACUACGGGACAGCCCCAUAUAGAGCAUAUUAUAAUUGUCCAUGUUCCCGGUGCAUGGAAUACUGUGGCUGAGCUAACCUUAUUCAGGAAUAGCCAUAACUGGUAGACAAGCCAGAGCGGAAAAUGGGCACUGUGCUGCUGUGGCUACUUGGGCUUCCAGUGACAAGGUGGAAUCAAGGAGCACAGCUAGACUAUGCACCUGGGGUGCAAGCGCUUCCAGAAGGAAGUAAGUCACCCAGUUCCCAAACCCAGGAACCACCAAACCUUAGCCCCUCCAUCUUGCUGACUGCAUCUUUCCCCCAGAUCGCUGGCCCCACUGGCUGGGGCUAAAGAGAAUGAGAGUCCAACAACAUCUGGGGGGCCAACAGGUUAGUCACCCCUAGUCUUAGCAUACCCAGUUGAAGAAUCUCUAAUCCAGUGGUACCUCGGGUUAAGUACUUAAUUGGUUCCGGAAGUCCGUUCUUAACCUGAAGCGUACUUAACCUGAAGUGAACUUUCCCGUUGAAAGUAAUAGAAAGUGGAUUAAUCUGUUCCAGACGAUGAAAAACAACCCCUAAAACAGCAAUUUAACAGGAAUUUUACUAACGAGACCAUUGAUCCAUAAAAUGAAGGCAAUAAUCAAUGUACUGUACUAUAAAAUAAAUAAGACAGUAUUUUAGAUGGAAAAAAAACAUUUACAGUAGUACCUCGGGUUAAGUACUUAAUUGGUUCCGGGGUGCCAUUCACACCCCGAAAAGUACUUAACCUGAGCAGCGAUAGCACGCAUGCACAAAGUGCCGAUAGAGAGCUUCUGCGUAUGCGCGCACGGCGGAACCUGGAAGUAAACACUUCCGGGUCCAUCGCAUACUUAACCUGAAGCGUACUUAACCCGAGGUAUGACUGUAGCAAGGUUAGGAAUGACCUUUGUUGUGACCCUGAAGAUCCAUUGCUUGUUGGGAGUAGGCUGUCCUUGGCUAGGUGGACCUAUGGUCUGAUUUCAGCAGCAGCUUCUCAAAACAGCUUGAUCAUUUAGUUUAUAAAAGCCUACGCAUCAUUCACCGCUGUGGCCCAAGAAAGUAGAAAGAAAUAAAGGUGUGGAUCCAGAUGGACUUGGUUGGGUUUGUAUCCUACUGAAAUUCAGUGGGGCAGGAUAUUCAUAACUUCAGUCCCGUUGGUUUCAAUAGGAACUAAGUUCAACUAACUUAGUCUCAACCCACUCCAUGGAUGGUUCAAGUUACCCGUGCACAACUUCCUUGUAGCUUGCUUUUAGGAUAAUAAGGCGUCCAGUGUCUACUGGAUGAUUCAUAGUAAAAAUGUGUGGUUUUAAGUUGGAGCAGAGUGAAUAACACAAGCUCCCUGCUUUGUUUGUGUGGGCACUGCAUUUCCUUUCUGUGUCUGUACAUAAUGCAAAUACUUCUACUUUUUCUUUCCCAAUAUCAGAGUCAUUGACCGUCGAAAGGCAUAAAAUGAAAAACAAAGAAUAUGUAAUAGACUGUUUCAUUGUCUCAGUACCAUUUCCUGAUUGAGCCAAACCUAUCCAUGUUUUGAUAUCGUGGGUAUUUUUUUAAACACCAUAAUUGCAUUGUAGAUAACGGUACAUUGCUUCUAAUGCAGAACCUAUUACAUACUGAAUAAUCUUGACUACAUUGGCUCUUGUUUUUAAAACAGACUGUAUUCAGAUCCUCAUGAUUACUCAGAAAAGACUUUAAAACAUGUAGGCAACUGGCACUAAAGCAGGGGUGGGCUAAAUGGUCAUUUCUCCACUCCUUGGCAAGCUGAGUUUGACAGAUGGGCAAGGCCGUCCAGGUGUCAAUCACCUGACAUCAUUAUGACACUGGGUGAUGUUGCACUUUGAAGUUCCAGUUGCUGGGACUUCAAAGCACAGCUCUGUUUGAGGCCUCAAACAGGAGCAAGGGCAAGUAGGCUGUCUGAAAGCCCUUUCCUUGUUUGAGCCUCUGUUUUUUGGAGAAGUACCUUGUGCGGUCAAUGCUUCCAAAAGGCAGCUUUUCUCCUCCACUCUCCAUCACUUGACGAGAAAGGUGAAAAGUAAGUGCUUUGCCAAGGGAGGGGGGAAUGGAGCUGCUUGCUUUGAUUGUGCAUUCCUCAGCCAACAAGUGGAAGGGUAAAUCCUUGAAUCUGGCCCAUUGGUUGAUGUCAUGUGUGACGUCUCCCCAGGACAGGCUGCCAUAGGCCUGUACACAGAGGUUCUUCAUUCUGUACUAAUAUCUCAGCCACCAGAGUAGAUGGUGGGGGAAGGGUUGUGUGGUCAAAGGAAAAGACCUAUGCAUUUAACCAUCAAGCCCUAGUCCUAUUGUCAUGGCUGACCGAAGACCAAAUGUCACUUCCGGGGAGAAGCAUCUUCAGCACCUCCUCCGUUUGUUAAGAAUGAUAUAAAUAGCCUUUUACAAUUUCACAAAAAAAUCUGGCUGAGAAACUUCUAGGAGGCUAGAGGAAAAAUGGAAGGACGAAUGAAGUCUGGACAUCACAUGAUUCUACAAAGGUUCAGAAGAUAUCUAGAAGAUUAGUGAAAAAUUGAGUCACAUGCAGAAGAUGUAAAACACGCUACUUAAAGCAUUUUAUCCCUUUUGUUGCUAAUAACAUAAAUAAGUUUGCUACUUAAAA